UUAAUGAAUGUUGGAAUUAAUGAAUGUUAUGAGUUAAUGAAUGUUGGAAUUAACGAAUGUUAUGAGUUAACGGACGUUGGAAUUAACGAAUGUUAUGAAUUAAUGGACGUUGGAAUUAAUGGAAUCGAAAAGGAUAUUCGAGAGUUUCAAAACAAAAAAAAA